UAUUUUAAUAUCUUUUAUUGUUGCAAUUUGUUUUGAUAAAUUUAGUGAAGAAAAUAUAAUGGAAAGGGGUGAUAUGUGUCAAAGUUUAAUUGAAUGGUUUAAAACCCUCAAUUUAACAGCUCCGCAUUCCAAUUUAGAGGAACUAUCGGAUGGAGUAGCCCUCGCGCAGGCAUUAAAUCAAUUUGCUCCGGACGUUUUCACUGGUUCGUGGUUAUCGAAAAUUAAUUCGGGCAUCAAUUGGCGUUUAAAGAUGAGUAAUUUAAAAAAGGUUGUUGAAGGAGUGUAUGAUUAUUAUAGUGACGUAUUAAGUUACUCACUUGCGGACUUUGCACGCCCCGAUGCUCAGCGUAUUGCUGAAAAAUGUGAUGCUGGUGAAUUAGAGCGUCUGCUACAACUUAUCCUUGGAUGUGCUGUUAAUUGUGGCGCAGGGCAAGAUUAUAUUCGACAAAUUAUGUGUUUGGAAGAAUCAUUGCAAGCUAAUAUAAUGCGUGCUUUACAAGAUCUGGAGUCGACAUGGCAGGGAGAUUUCCCAUCGCGCACGUCGCAAAGCAUAACAAAUUUUGAUAAUAAAAUUUUACAGGAAGAAAGAGACGCAUUGGCUCAAAAAUGUUUCGAAGCAGAAAAAAAGAAUCUAUUGCUGAUAGAAGAAAAAUCGAACAUGCAGCAAGAGCUUGCAAAACUGCAGCUUGAAAUUCAGCAUCUACAGUCUUCAAAAUCUGAAAUUGGAGACGAUGGAGUUUCUAUCGGCCCUGUGCAAGCAGGAUCUGUACGCUAUUCCGAACUUAGGCGACAACUCGAUCGAAUGAAAGAAGAACUCUUACAGUCAGAUGCCACUAGAGAAGAUUUAAAAUUAAAAGUUCAACAGCAGGAAAAAGAAAUGCAAACCAUGCAACAGCGAAUCGAUGAACUUACCAAAAGUACUUCGGAAUUAAUGCAACUGAAAGAUGAAGUUGACGUAUUGAGAGAAUCAAAUGAUAAAUUAAAAGAAUGUGAAAUACAGUUAGACACUUACAAAAAACGUUUGGAAGAGUAUAACGAUUUAAAAAAGCAUAUUAAAAUAUUAGAAGAAAGAAGUGCUGACUAUGUACAGCAAAUAGUGCAAUUCGAAGAAGAUGCUAAAAAAUCUGCUACACUUAAGGGACAAGUGGAACUUUUCAAAAAUAAGAUUCAAGACCUGCAUACACAACUUGAUGGAGAAAUGAGUAAAAAUGUUAAAUUAGAGUUUGAUAAUAAAAAUCUUGAAAGCAAUAUUUGUGCAUUGCAACGUGCCAAGGAAAGUUUACUUAAAGAGCGGGAUAAUCUUCGAGAAGCUUUAGACGAACUCAAAUGUGGGCAACUCUCGACAAGUUCUGGAAGCCUGAAUGGAAAUACAAUGUCUAAAGAACUACAACCUACCGCACUUGUAGAAAAGGUACACCGUUUGGAAUUGGAAAAUAAAGCUUUGCGUGAAGGUCAAGGUGGCCAAACGGCAUUAACGCAACUUUUGGAUGAUGCGAAUAAACGCAAUGAUAAUUUACGCGAACAAUUGAAGUUAGCCAAUGAACGGAUACUAUCACUGUCGCAUGCUUCACAGAGUGGAGAUCCAAAUCUCAAAGAGUUUGAAUUUGGCAAGCAAAUUAAGCAACUAAUGGAACUAAAUGAACAAAAAACUUUACAAUUAGAGGAAUCAGUUUCUCAAAAUGUGUCUUUGCAAAAUAAGAUAACACAGUUGGAAAAUACACUCACCACUCGUGAACAAGAUCUUUUGGCUUGUGAUGCGAAAUACAGAAAAUGUGUGGAUAAAGCAAAGGAAGUAAUAAAAAGUCUUGAUCCACGACUUGCCAAUGUUAUCGAUGUAAAUCUGCUUGAGCGGUCGCAGGAUUCUGAAGAAGAACCAAAAGCAGGAAUGAGUACGUUGGAGGAGCAAUUAAUGACAACGGCUUUCUACAGAUUGGGCGUAAAUGCACAACGUGAUGCAAUUGAUGCUAAACUGGCUUUAUUAAUGGGACAGGGGCAGACGUUUUUAGCGCGUCAACGCCAGUCUGCGCCCCGAAAAUCACUAACGACAUUUAAGAACAAAUAAAAUUCCUUUAUAAAUUUAUUAUAUUUCUUCAAGAUAGAUAGGAUCUAUACUCCAAUCAUACAAGUAGGCAAGAUAUAUGCAUUAAAUCAUUUGAAUAGUUAGUUGUGAUUAUUUAAUAUCAUAUCCGAAAUGAGCGUAUAUUUUGCGAGCCUAUUUUUUUGUAUAAUUAUAUUGGACAUCAUUAACGUAAUUAUUUAUACAAAACUCCACAAGUUUUAUACAAAGCAAACUUAAGAUUUGCCAAUAAGAAAUAAUUAAAAUAUUUCUUUUAAUUCUUUGUACGCUGUUACCUUCAUAAACAUAUUUAAUUAAUUCAUUAUUUCAAUAUUAUUGGGUGUAUUAAUUUUAUUAUACAUUCACAAGUAUUAAAAAUAUACAUAUAUUAAUAUUAA